GGAGCUUCAGGUCUCCAUGGAGGCGGCUUCUCCUAGCAACUCGACGGGCGUUGAGCGGAGCCGCUGACCUGAUGGACGCCGACAGCCUCCUGCUGUCUCUGGAGCUGGCGUCCGGCAGUGGGCAGGGCCUCAGCCCGGACCGUCGGGCCUCGCUGCUCACGUCUCUUAUGCUGGUUAAGCGCGACUACCGCUAUGAUCGGGUUCUCUUCUGGGGCCGCAUCCUUGGCCUCGUCGCCGAUUACUACAUCGCGCAGGGCCUGAGUGAGGACCAGCUCGCACCGCGCAAGACGCUCUAUAGCCUGAACUGCACAGAGUGGAGCCUCUUGCCCCCUGCCACAGAGGAGAUGGUGGCGCAGUCGUCUGUGGUGAAGGGCCGCUUCAUGGGGGACCCAUCAUAUGAAUAUGAACACACUGAGCUGCAGAAGGUGAAUGAAGGUGAAAAAGUCUUUGAAGAAGAAAUAGUGGUCCAGAUCAAGGAAGAGACCCGCUUGGUGUCUGUCAUUGAGCAGAUUGACAAGGCUGUGGCCAUCAUCCCCCGAGGCGCCCUCUUCAAGACCCCUUUUGGACCCACCCAUGUCAAUCGGACGUUUGAAGGACUGUCCUUGUCUGAGGCCAAGAAGCUCAGCUCCUACUUCCAUUUCAGGGAGCCUGUUGAGCUAAAGAAUAAGACCUUGCUUGAGAAGGCUGACCUGGACCCCUCCCUGGAUUUCAUGGACUCCUUGGAGCAUGACAUUCCCAAAGGGUCUGAGGCAGUUGUUCAGGGUGACUUCAUGUGGCUUCUGAGCAGGUGUGGUUUUGGUUGGCCCUGUUCCUGGGACUCCUGCUCUGUGUCCAUGAGGGUCCUGGAGCAUCCAGAUGGAGAGGGGCAAUGCCCUGGUGGUGCUGCGCAGCCUGCUCUGGCCGGGCCUCACCUUCUACCAUGCUCCCCACACCAAGAACUAUGGCUACAUCUACGUGGGCACUGGCGAGAAGAACAUGGACUUGCCCUUCAUGCUAUAGAAUGGGAGCCAGCCUGGAUGUUUUUAAACAGAGUCUAAACAUGAUUUUCUUAAGCUUCA